UAAGCAGAAAUGGGUUGCGGUAAAUCGAAACACGUCGCGAUUGAAAACACGAUCAGCCGUAAAAAUUCGAUAGUCGGGUCGAGGAAGGGCAAAACUCCGGAAAUCGGCAUCGGAGAAUCAAGUAAAUUACUUGAAAGAAAUGCUACCUCAUUAAUGGAAGAGGAGGGUAAAAUUGUUGUUAGUAGGAAGAAUUCGAAAGAAGAAUUCAAGAGGGUAAAAACAGAGAAGAGAAACGGAGAUAUGGAAACGGGCUGCGGUGAAACGGAAUGCGACGCGGUCGAAAACACGAUGGGUGGUGAAAAUUCGGGCGAAGCAAGUGAACUUGAUAGAAAAACUAGCUCGUUAAGGAAAGAGGAAGGCGAGAUUGUCGAACAAGAUUCUAUAGCGGACGAUUCCAAGGUUGUCGUUGAUGGAAACAGUGUAGUCGAACUCGAAACAAGCCAAGUUGAUGGAAACAUGAGCUUGUUGUUAAUUGAAGAAGAUGGCAAAGGUGUCGUACAAGAUUCCGUUGUAGACGAUUCCGAGAUUAUUGUUGAUGGAAACGGUGUGAUCGAUAGCUUAGAAUCGAAGGAACCCAUUGAAGAAACAAGCGAACCCGAUGAAAACAUGAGCUCCUCAACGAAAGAGGAAGGGGAAGAUUCCAUUGCAGACAACUCUGAAGCUAUUGUAGAUAAUGAAAAUGGCAUAACUGAAAAUGCAGAGCAAAAUGAGGGUAAUGAGAAGAUGACAUUUGGUGAAGAAACUAAAGGAGAUGAUACCUUGGAGGACAAGCAACUAGACGAAGAUGAUGCAAGAGAAGGAAGUGCAAAUGAAGAACCAGACACUGUGAAGGGAGAGAAGUUGGCAAAAGAAGCAAAAACAACCGAAGAAGUUGAAGUUUAGAUCCCCAGUUGCUAAAGAAGUAUUAGUUAUUAUUAAAUGAAAUUUG